ACUAAAUACAGAGCGAAAGGAAAAUACCUCUCAGCUGGAAACAGAGGAACAGAUAAUACUGAAGAAAAGCGAGAUCCAGAUUUUUUUUUUUACCAGAGACAUUUAUUAUACUGAAGAGACCAGCUGCCAAUCCAAGGAUCAGUCUGUGGGUGAGCAUGAUGUCGUUUGUGCCACAGGGCCUCUCCCCACCUCCUUGUGGAACCCAGUACCCUAGCCUCGAACAGGAGCCUCCAGAGUUCAGCCUGUACAGCGACAACUUCUACAGCCCUCCAACCCUGCCGAGCCCGCAGCAGGCCACCCCUACUUCCUACGACCUGGGAGACUACACCAGCCCUCCUUCCAACCCUUACUUGUGGUUCAACGGCCCAGAGCUCAACAGUGUUCCCUACCUAGGUGGGCCCACAGGGCCAGUCUGUGGGCCCUAUGUGCCCCAACUCUACAACAUGCAGAGGCCCUAUCUGGGUGCUGGCGCCCCGAGGGGUGGUGUAGGGGACCUGAGCUGGUUCUCCAUGCCCUCUCAGGAGGAGCUGAUGAAGCUAGCCAGGCCACCCUACUCCUACUCUGCCCUUAUUGCCAUGGCGAUCCACGGGGGCCAAGACAGACGGCUCACCCUGAGCCAGAUCUACCAAUAUGUAGCAGACAACUUCCCCUUCUACAACAAGAGCAAGGCCGGCUGGCAGAACUCUAUCCGCCACAACCUCUCCCUCAACGACUGCUUCAAGAAGGUGCCCCGAGAUGAGGAUGAUCCAGGCAAGGGUAACUACUGGACCCUAGACCCCAACUGUGAGAAGAUGUUUGACAACGGCAACUUCCGUCGCAAGAGGAAGAGGAAGUCGGACUCCCUGCCUGGUGAGGGGGGCUCCUCGGGUUCUGAGUCGUUAGAGUCCAGCCCCAAACACCACAACAACAUGAAUGACGUUUCCAGCUCCUCCGAGCGCGGCCCCUCCCCCAUCUCCUCAGCCCCCUCCCUUUGCCUGAACAGCUUCCUGUCUCAGAUGGCUGAAGUGGGGACGGUAUCAAACACAGUAGUGUCAGAUACCCUCCACAGACCUAGCCUGGCUACAGAGCUGUCCCAACGCGUCUCUCCGGCCCAGAGAUACGGCUCCUACUCGCCCAAUGCUGCGAUGCCUCAGUGGGAGGUCUGUAUGUCCCAUCCACAGCAGCCUACCAUUUCCUCCUCUCCUCCCCUCUACCCUGCGGGCUACAGUGACUCUGUCCUCACCCAGCUCAGCAGCCAACUAUACCCAGCCCUGGACUCUGCCUCAAUGCUUUACCCACGGGAAGGCACAGAGGUGUAAAGCACAACUGAUAGAUCUACUGGGUCGUUCCACCAAUUAGGUGCCUUCGAGUACUUUAAUUUGACGAUUUAAAAACAAAAAAUUCACCUACUUUUAACAUUCUUUCAUAAAGAGCACUGGUUCAACUUAAUAAAAAACACCAUUUCCCAUCUCAAGAAGUUAAAUAACUAAAAUACUAUAGUAAGUGCCUGUUAAGUGUCAAAUAAAGUAACAGUGUUGACCAUGUUAAAUCAGCCAUAAAUCCCCUUGUGACAGGGGGAGUGGAAGCAUGUUGUAUGCAACAGGGAAGGGCAAUCGAAAGCAAGCUUCACAAAAUUUGUAUUUAUUGUUAAAAAACAUUCUAGCCUGUAUCUCUGGGUAACAGGGUUGACGUGUUAUGCUCUACCCGCUCAGUUUUCCACCACAAAACAAAUUGUAGAGCCAGCUCACCUGCUUUUACUCUAGGAUUUGACUAUUAGAUGUUCAAUGUGUCUUUUGAAAAAAAUAUUUUAAAAGGAAUAGCUUCACCAUAUUAUUUUAAUUUUAUUUCAGUUCACAUAACAUGAUUGACCUUAAAAUAAGUCACUAAUAACAUUAAAUAAAUAAUCAUCUUUAGAAAUUACUUUGCUAAAGUAACAAAAUAACUAGGGCUUUACAAUGAUGGUGAAAAUUUGGAGAAAUGUUGGGGUUAAAGUGGGUUAAAAUCUUCCAGAGGAUGAACAGGGGGAUGUGUCGAAAUGCAGAAUUAUGGCACUUUAGCAAGUCCUUAUUCUUAUUAAAAAUCAGAUGUAUUAAAUUUUCCAUGUGGUCUAUAUUAAAGGGCACUUCAUUUAAUAUAACAGGCUUUUAAAUAUUUGUGCACAAUUUCUACUUAAAGUAUCAAAGAAAGGCACUCAUUUUGUGGAACAACCCGUACUGUGUAGUGUAGACCAUAGGACAGCUUGUCUUGGACAAACUCACUGGAAUGUCUUCCCCAGCAGAGAAUGAAAGUGCACUGAACUCAUACUAAACAGUGGGUGAUUUACAAUGUUUUUUUUUUCUCUUAAUUGAUUGUACAUAUGUAUAUUGUUUGCGGUUCCACAUAUUGUCUUCAUAAUAUCAACUUAACUAUCUGUCAAAUGUUUAUUGAGCGAUUCUUGACUUUAGUAAAAACUUGUGGGUUGUGUAUGAGCUGUACAUAAAUGUCCUGUCAUCAUGCUUUUUCAUAUUGGUAAAAUAAAGAACAGCAAAAACAA